CUGUGGAAAAAAUUUGAAUUGAAUUAUGUUACUGGUUAGUUCCAUUAGGGCUCGUGGGAAAGCAGCGUUGACCACGCCUUCGUCGGUGCAGACGCCCAGCACGGUUGCGCAAGCGUUGCUCACAUCCCCAACGACAUGGCAUCCACUGCCGAUCCUACAGCUCAGCUUUACUGUCUGCCUAAUGUCCUUCACAACCAGUGCCUCACCUCUGUGAAAUUCAUUUCCGCGUGCUUCGCAGGGGCCGCGGCUGGAAUCCUUGGGCUGCAGAAUUGGCGAGGGUUUGCCUUGUUCGCGCUCUCGGUUCUCUCAGCGUCGUUUGUCAUGUAUGCUGUUAACUGCAAGGGAAAACCAUCUCGAUAUUUGCCCGGGGGUAUCGGCGAACUGGUAAACCCCGGCCAAGAUAACAUAUUCACGUUUAUCCUCGUGUGGACGUUGUUUUACGGUGCGUUUCAGACUUAACUUUCUUUUUUUUGCAACGAAAAUAACCUGUUUGUGCAGGCAUUGUGCA